CUUGUUCUAGAUUUACCCGACUUCUCAACGCCUUCCCCUAUUUCACGCUAACGCGUUUUCCACACUUCAUAAAAACCCCUUUCGACCUUCCCUUAGUCGAACCCUCCUCGCCCGAAAAACAUGGCAUCAAUCUACAGUUGUAAAGAAUGCAAUACGAACUUCAAUCUCCACACUAAUUGUCUUUUCCCACCUGAUUUUUACUUCGAAGCAGGUAACAAAGGCACUCUAUCUUUUUCAGCUGUUGAUACAUCCAAAUUCAAGUUUGAGAAAGAGGAUAAAAUCAGACCUUUUUUCGAGACUCUUGAUUAUUGGGGAAUUCAAAGGAAAAGGACGAAGAUGAUGUGUGUGAAUUGUGGGAAGAUUGUGGGUUAUGUGUAUGAUGAUGGGCCGCCCAUGACUGAUAGUCCGGGUCAGUUUCAUUUUGGACCUAGUCAGGUUAUUCCUAGAGCUGCUAGGUAUAGGUUAAAGAAUAAAGCUUUGAAGAUUACUACUGAGACUUGACAUGGGGUUUGUUUUUUUAGUUUUUUUUUUUUUUUUUUUUGGGUCAGUUUCUAGAUUUUAGGGUUUGUAUAUGGAUUUAUGAGGUGUAUGAUGUUUGUGCAUAUGAGAUUUUGAUUUUUGUGAUUUGUUUCAUUUCGUGUAAAUGUUCAUACUGGAUGAAUAAAAAGAUUUGGAUCUUUUGACUUUCUUUA